AUGUUCGAAGACUUCUCUUUCUCGUCGCCUUCCUCGCGACCUGGCCGCUUGGCCGUGGACGUAGACGACCGGCUUAUGGUCGAUUGCGACAGUAAUAUGAUCUCGCCCCUAUCGUCUCGAUGCCCCUCGCCGCAGUCGCACCGCUUCCGCAACCUAUCCCGGCCCCGAUCCUCCUACUUUCGCUCGCAACAACCGCCUCCGACUUCCGUGCCAUUUCCUUACGAGCAGAAGCGUCUCUCCAUUUCGACUCUGACGCAGAAAUUGCAUGAACACACUCUCCAGGCCCCCGAUAUCCCGGACCAGGCGCGAUUUUGGCAUAAUGAGGCCAGACUCUCUGGUCGGUACUCUGGCUACGUCCUUACGCCACCGGACACGGAUCAUGAUGAGGAUGGGAGAUGUGACUCGUCGCCCUCGCUCUGCUCUAACCCCAGCCCCACGUCAAUUCCACCCGAUUUCCCAUCCCUAGACAGAAUGGAAACUCCGAAUCAGAUCCCAGAUCACUUGGAUGUUCGUACGCAACGGCAACAAAUCUCACAAUUGCAAUGCAACGAAGGCGACAUUGAUGGAGUCCGCCGGACGGUCGUCUCGGAGGGCUCCUAUAACCAAGACAUGCUUCCAGACGACUGCCACCCCAGCUCAUUGCCACCGCGGUCCUCACCCCGGCGACGAGCACUGACACUACACCGCAGCCGCUUCGGACCAGACUCCUAUGCGGGUGAGGCCCGCGGACGACGCAGAAGCAGUUCUGGCGCUAUGCAAUCGCACCGAAUAGAGAAAAGUCACUAUAUGUCUCAUACGGGGCGAGAUGCUUCUAAACGAGGCGAUCACCAUGGCCUUCGUAGGAAGAGCAUGGUGAGUGCGGCUCUGGCGUCGGUAGUGGAACGGCCUUGA